AUGCCACCGACGUUUAUGGAGAGGAACGGGUACCGAGUCGUGGCCUACCGUAAGUUCGGCGAUGCUGGUCGGCAGUUCAACGGACACCCAGGAUGGGCAAACUUUGCCAUCGAGGAUUCUCCCAGGCCCUUGGAGAUUUGGGUUCCACGCUUCGGGCCAUCCUCUCCGAAGAGUGCUAUUUUUGGCCAGCCGAAGGAGCUGCCUCGCGAGAUCGGACGAGGUGGUACCACGGCGAAACUCUAUGCUUACGAUGUGGACUUCAAGAACAGGUCGGACGCUGGUGCCGUAGCACUCCGUGACGCUGUUCAGGUCAAUGCUGCUAGCUGGUGGGAGCUGCAGCUGUACGCAAUGAGCGUCGCCGAUCUCCGUGGCAUGGUCGACUGCAGCAUAUCCGACACGGGUGCAAUCUUGAACUUUUCGUCGCAGGUGGAGCUCCUGAAGAUGAUUUUCAGAGUUGUCUUUGAAGAGGAGCUCGCGGCGGCCAAGAACCUCUGGACAGCAGGGCUCAGCCGCGACGGUCUUCGGAAGGCGGCGCGUGCAUUUCCUUCUCAAGGAUCGCUGGCUGAGGACCCAGAACUGGAAGAGUCGCUUUUGGGCGUGAUACGGGCAAACAUUGCAUUGCAGGAGAAGAACGCGCAAAAUCGCUUCAGCAUGAGGCCCACCAAUGCCAAGCGGGUGCUGGCAACAGGAAAUUUCGACGCAGAGAGCAGACAGGAGAUAUGCGACGAGUUUCUUGGAAAGGUCGCCGAGAAGCUCCCUUCAGUUCAGGUCGUGGCCCGACACGAGGCGCUGAAAGUUAUGAACCGCAGCCUGCGCCACUGUCCAGACCUUGCUUUGGGCCAGAGUUCUGGUCUGCGACAGGCUGCAUCACAGACCAAGGCAGCCUUCUGCGCGGGUCUCAUGGAGCUACGCAGCGGAGACCUCUUCGGCGACGAUCAGUGUCUCAGAUUCCGACGGAGACUUGCUGAGCGUGUGGACACCUACAACGUCUUCACGCAGCCGCUCGGCUUCAAUCUGUCCACAGCUUCCCAGCCACAACCAAUCAUUUCGAAUUAG